AUGCAGGUUCCACAAUUCCCAGAAUCAUGGCAGAUUGGCUUGCAGAGUGCAGCGUACUUGUCGGCACUAUGUUUAGUCGCCAUUCAAGUCGGUAUCGGGAUUAUCAUGAAAUCCUCUCAAACAGGGGGGAAAUACACAUUCUCAUCAUCCGGUUUGGUCAUCAUAUCCGAAUUCCUGAAAAUGAUUCUCUCUGCAUCACUCCUACUCCGACAUUGUAUGAAACAGUCUCGAAAUCGUGCAGAAGAGUCAGGUCCUGGAUACGCGCUUUUGAUUCCUGUCGCCCCGUCACCGAGGUCAAGUUCGCCCGAUGAGUUGAUUGGAUUGAAAAGCAUCGAAGAAGAGGAGGAGAAAGCUUCGCAAGAAACAUUGCGAGAGGAUGUCGAACUCGGCCACGAUAUUCCAGUUCUUAAAACGAACCUUUUCGUAUCGUGGGUGGCGGCUCUCGGUGAAGUGUCUGUAGAGACGAGAUACGGAUUUGCCAACUUGGCGUUGCUGUAUUGCCUGAUCAACAACACUAUCUUCGUUUCGUACAAACUUGCGGAUCCUGGGACCAUUGCUCUGACGAGAUCUGGCGUCAUCUUCAUCACAGCAUUCGUCAUGGUUACGGCACUCCGAAGCAAAAUCACCACAGUCCAGUGGGUAGCAAUCGUGAUACAGCUGUGUGGCCUCAUUACCACGCAAUACCGUCCAGAAGUGGGUAGCUCAUACCCAUACUCCACAUACAUUGUGUUACUGGCCCAAGUUUUCGUCAGCUCAGUUGCUGGAGUAUACAACCAGUCUCUGUUAAAGGGUGACUCUGCAUCAUUGCAUGCGCAAAAUACGAUGCUGUAUGCUUUCGGCGUUGUCAUCAACGCCAUGAUCCAUACUACCAUCCGAAUCGUCAAGCCUGAAGAACCAAGUCUGUUUGCUGGAUAUACUAACCUUCCUUCAUACCUUGUCAUACUCAGUAACGUCUUUAUUGGACUCGCAAUUACUGCUGUUUAUAAAUAUGCGGAUGCCGUGAUCAAAUGUCUGGCUACAGCGGUUGCAACAGGAAUACUUCUCUUCCUUUCCCCCGCAAUCUCUGGGACUUCAAUGACUCCGCUCGCGGUUCCAGGAGGGUUGAUAGUUUUCAUCUCAUCGUGGCUAUACGUCACUUCUCCUGCGGUGUUAAUAAAAUUCAUUAUCCUCCCCUUCGCAACAAUAACCACAAUCCUAAUCAUCACCCUCCUUGAGACCGUAUCUUUUUCAGACCACAUUUCCAAACCUACCUCGCCAAACACAUCCAUCAUCCAUUCCCCCUUCAACACUACACUGGGCUUCAUGAAAUGGAACCACCACCUGCCCGACCGCAUCCCGUUGAUACAGAAAUACGAACCUUUCUUCCACACCAUACACUACAGCAUGCCUCUCCCCGAUGAGAAAGACUCGGAACUGCACAAUCUGACCCAUGACGCGUGGCAGAAUCCGCUGGUGAACUAUGUGCAGAUAGCCAGAACCAUGCAGUUUAUAUUGGAUCAGCCGGCAAACUCUUCUGCUAAUGAGAUUACCGGGUUGUUGUUUCUCCAUUUCGAUGCUUGGAUCGAUCCCCUCUCCUUCGCCACCGAAGAUUUCUCCAAAAUCUGGAUAGCAUACACGCAAGCUUACGGGGGACCACAAUACAUCUGCGGCACCUCACGCGCCCAAUUCGGCGGCUGGGUCGGACUCAAUGCCGACCGGAACUGGCACUACCCCCUCCUUUCCGCACAAGUAGAUCUCGCGUCCGCAAACACGAGCUACAUCUUCAAUAAAGAUGAGUGGUGUAUUGGCUGGUCCGAUAUUUAUUAUAUCCCGAGAGAGUACUUUGCGGAUUAUGUGUAUCUGGCUGCGUUUUAUGGCGCACAAAAUGCGUUUCAUGAACUGGUCAUUCCGUCGAUUAUGCGGAUUAUUGAUCAGACGAGAAGAAGAAAAGACUUCAGCAGCAUUAUUAACUAUUUGGGCCACUGUUUUGGCGGGUGCUGCGCGCCGGGUGCUGAUAUGAAUCAACUGAUGAGCCAUCGAUGCGGUCAUAAACUUGAUUAUUUGGGUAAUUGGGAUGUCAUAAAUGCGCACUAUGAACGGCUGGAUAAAGAGGCUGAGAGGUUGGGAACGGAAGUGGAGGAGAGGGAGACGGUAAGAUGGGGGAACUUCUCGGCUUUUGGGAAGAGUUUGACAGAGGGGGAGAGGAGGAGGUUGGCGGAGAUGGUGGUUAGGCCGCCGCCGAAUCAUUGGAGGUGGGAUCAGAUUAAUUUUGCGUUUAAUGAGACUGGGUUGGAACCGCCUCCUGCUGCAGGGCCAGGUAAGGAAAGAAACGAGGGAGAGGCAAAAUCGGAGAGGAGUGUUGAUGAUGGAUCUGAAGGGACAGAGAACUCGAAGGAAUGGCUUGCGAGCUUGGUCUCAUCUAAAAUGCGCAAGCGCAAGUCGUCUAACGACAUGGUGGACGGUCUUUGGGCUUGGCGCGUAGUAUACCGCUCGCUGUGA